AUGGGUAUCAAAGACCCCAUGACCUCCAAGCCCACACGACCACACAUCUGCGUCAUCGGCUCCCUAAACAUCGACUUCGUGACAUCUACCCCCCGCUGCCCCGGAGCAGGCGAAACCCUCACAGCAACCUCCCUCACCGUCACAGCCGGUGGCAAAGGCGGAAACCAAGCCACAGCCUGCGGCCGCGCCUCCUUCACAAACAAUGAAACCCAAGAUGCAACCGUCACCAUGAUCGGUGCCGUCGGCGACAACGACGUCUACUACUCAACACUCCUCAAGCCCGCACUAGAAAAAUCAGGCGUCAGCACGGCGGAUAUUGAAGAAUCGACUGAGGCGCAGACGGGCUCGGCGACGAUUAUCGUUGAGGAUGCUGUCGGUGGCGAGAAUCGCAUUCUUGUCGUGCCCGGGGCGAAUCAUGCGGGUAUGAUGGGGGAUGUUGUGUCGAUUGUGGAUGUGGUUAAGAAGCAGGAGGUUAGACCUGGUGUGGUUGUUUUGCAGGGUGAGAUUCCGCGGAAGACUACGUUGGGAUUGUUGGAGUAUUUUAAUGGUGGUGUUUCGGUUGAGGAUCGGGUGCAUGUUGUCUUUAAUCCAGCGCCUGUCUAUCCUGGGGGCAUUUCGCUGGCUGCGUUGAAGCAUACCUCUGUGCUUAUCAUGAAUGAGACUGAGGCUGUGCAGAUGUCGAGGUCUAUUGCUGGUCUGCCUGUCUCCGACUCGACUCAGCCGACGGAGCUAGAUGAUUUGCAGCCUGAGGAGCUUGCACCGCACUUCCAUGACACUGCUGAUGUGCAGAUUGUUUUGAUUACUUUGGGCGCGAAGGGUGUUUAUUACUCGACUCGCACCGGUCGUCGUGGUUCUGUGCCAGGAGUGCGAGUUCCCAAGGUGGUUGAUACCACUGCUGCUGGGGACACAUUUGUGGGAUACUUCUCAACAGCCUUGGCACGUUUCCUUGCCAAGGGUGAGCCCCUGGAAACAUUUGACAUCGAGAUUGAGAGUGCCGUGAAGAAGGCCAAUGCCGCGGCCGCGAGGUGCGUCGUUGCACGAGGGGCAAUGCAAAGCAUCCCUUUUGCGUAUGACCUAGAGUGA